CUUACGUAGGUAUCGAGUAUGCGCUCUGAUCUGAUGACUGUUAUGUAGGCGAGUAGGUACAGUAGCUACCGCGCCGCCGGGAUUCCACGGAUCUAAAGCAUUCCUAAGUCGAAACAAAUGGGUCAGUUCCAAGGUUGCUUCGACAUACGAAGGCACGAGUCUGGCACGAGUGUUGUAUGGGCUGAGUAAUGCGUACAAAAGUAAGCCAAUUGGGUUUCCACAUGUAAAUACACCAUAAUGUAGUUGCGAUAAACUUCGUUUCAUUCUUUGACUCACUCCGUCAUGUCCUACCUAGUCAAUAUCGUGGUUUACACAAGCUCUACUUAGUAGCAACCCCAAUAUCCUAAUCCCUGAUUCAGGGCCGUCGCUCGUUUAUCUUAUUUUGGAGUCCUAUACCUACAUCUGUCGUUAGCUAUGAUCGCGCCAUACUAGGUAGAAAAUAUAGACCAUCCACGUAAUAUCCGAGACUACCGCUCACUAGCCCCAUUCAAAGCUCCUAUCCCUCGCGACUUUCAUUCGUCUGCAUUUGCGCGCUGUCGAGAUCCGAGAUCAUCGCCCGCAUUUCAACCGUGAUUCAAAACCUCCCGUUGCUUUACGAACACUGACUUGUCGGCCGGCGAUGUUGUCACCGCUGCCGCUUUGCGGUUUGAUACAAAUACCUCUUUAACACUCGUUAUGUCUCCCAUGGGCCAUGCGUCUAGCCAUGGCUUAGAAAAGCAGACUACAGGCCCUCGUCGGGCGUCACAGACCUCUCGGCGCAGAAGAUACCGUGUCUUGAAGUCAACCAUAUAUAGCCAUGCCUCCCGCUUGUACAAAACCUACUUCCUCGAGACCAUAUUGCGACAGAAACCUCUCAAGCCAUCCAAAGACGGACGCCACGUCCCCCUGCAACUCGGCCACCAUCACGAGCCACUUGUUGAUGAGAGGCGUGGCAAUCCCUACAUAUCGAACGCUAUCCGGACCUCCCGGUACACUAUCUACGACUUUGUGCCCAAGCAAUUGAUAUUUCAGUUUACGCGACUAUCCAAUGCCUACUUUCUAGCCAUUGGUAUUCCUCAGACCGUUCCAGGUCUGAGUACUACCGGCACCUAUACCACUAUUGUGCCUCUGUUCUUCUUCGUCGCCCUGACUAUACUGAAAGAAGGCUACGACGACUUCAAACGACACCGUUUAGACAAGAUUGAAAAUGCAAGAGCAACGACAGUUCUGAGACCGCGUGCGCUGGACGCAGUUCCGAUUGCGACAAGAUGGCCAUGGUCUAGGAAAGAAUCCCACAUCAUCACAGUUGAUGCUGAUCCUGAAAGCGAUGACAAAGAUGAAGACUAUUCCUGGGCCCAGAUUGAAUGGAGAGAUGUCAAGGUUGGGGAUAUCGUCAAGCUUCGACGCGACGACCCCGUGCCCGCUGAUAUCAUUCUCCUUCAUGCAACCGGCGAGAAUGGCAUAGCGUAUAUUGAUACCAUGGACCUCGAUGGCGAAACUAAUCUUAAGAGUAGGGAAUCCCUUGGAGAUUUUAAGGAUUGUGACUCAAUAGCUGGCCUCCGGUCGACUGCGGCCGAGUUUGUAUCCGAGGAUCCAAACCCAGAUCUGUACCACUAUGAUGGUCGAGUCACCACAAGUGGGAAAACAUUCCCUCUCACUUCAAAUCAGGUUAUCUACCGUGGAAGCACGAUUAGGAACACUAGUUGCGUUAUCGGUCUUGUCAUCAAUACUGGAGAAGAGUGCAAAAUUCGGAUGAACGCAAAUCAACACCCGGAUGCCAAGAAGCCGGCACUCGAAGCAAUAGCGAACAAGAUAGUUCUCACGCUCGUUUUCUACGUUAUUGUUCUUACUGCUGGCUGUUCAGCCGGUUAUGUCAUGUGGCGGGCAGCGACGGAACGCAAAUCUUGGUAUAUAUCCAAUGCUACUGUUCAGCUCAAACAGAUCAUCAUUGGCUACGCAAUUCAGUACAACAAUAUUGUUCCUCUGUCACUGUAUGUGACUCUGGAGCUAACGAGAAUCGGACAAUUGCUUUUGUUAAAUGGCGAUAUAGAAAUGUAUGAUGAAGUAUCCGACACUCCCGCUCGAUGUAAUACCAACACCAUCCUCGAAAAUCUCGGGCAAGUCAGUUAUGUGUUCUCCGAUAAGACGGGUACAUUAACAGACAAUGUUAUGAAAUUUCGCAAAUUGAGCAUCGCCGGGACUUCUUGGCUUCACGAGAUGGAUCUAUCCGAGAACCAGUCAAGCGAGAAGCAAACUACCCAUACUCCCAAACUUUCGCCAAGCAGAAGCAAAUCUGACGACACCAGCAGUGCCCUGUAUGAAGAUAUUGAGCUAUUUUCUAUUGCUUCCCCAAAUACGCCCACUUUUCCCCUAAGCAGAAGAUCUUCUCAGUGGAGGUCAACUGCCCGGCCUCACAAUCUGCAGCCGGAACUCACUACAUCAGACCUCUUGGAGUACAUCAGGCUGCGCCCAACGUCAUAUUUUGCAACACGCGCUAGAGACUACAUUUUAUGCUUAGCCCUCUGCCAUACCUGUCUCCCGGAAAUGAGAGAUGGGCAGCUCGAAUAUCAGUCCUCAUCGCCGGAUGAACUGGCUCUUGUACGAGCUGCUAGUGAACUAGGGUACUUGGUCACUCAUCGGUCUUCUCAGAGUGUCACACUUCGACUUGGUUUAGAAAAUGGGAAAGAGCAAAUCGACACUUAUCAGAUUCUGGACGUGAUCGAGUUCAGUAGCAAACGAAAGCGCAUGUCUAUCAUCGUACGUUACCCAGAUGGGCGAAUCUGUCUUAUCUGUAAGGGCGCCGAUUCGGCGAUCAUGCCGAGGCUCAAAUUAGCCCAGCUGGCCAAAGAAAAAGCGUCAGAAGUGCGCAAAAGUGCCGAUCUGGAGCGGGAAAUAGCACGCCGGAGCGAGCAGCUAGAAGUCCGGAAUAGCUUUGGUGGUCGCCCAAGUUUCACCUUGCGUCGUAGCUUUGCAACGAAUCGUGACAGUCUCGACUCGACUCAGCUAGCCAACCGACCAGUUCUGGAACGCAGUAGAUCAGUAGAGCCGUCACGAUCUCGAGUGUCCGAAGAUAAAAGCCGUCCCUCUCUGAAUAUCCGUACGACAUCUUUGGAUGUCGUAAAAAGACUAUCACGAGCCAGUCCCAUAACUCCCAUUCCGCCAACCCAGAACAAGUUUAGUUUUCUGGAAGAAUCCUCUAUCAUGGAUGAAGGCACUGUUUUCGAUCGGUGUUUCAGACAUCUCGAUGAAUAUGCUACCGAAGGGCUUCGCACGCUUCUCGUCGCUCGGAAAUUCAUUCCCGAAGCCGAGUACAUGGAUUGGAAGGAGCUUUACCACAAAGCAACAACUAGUCUAAUAGAUCGUCAGGACAAGAUUGAGGAUGCGGGUGAACAGAUAGAGCAGACACUUGAUCUUGUUGGUGCAACUGCAAUCGAAGAUAAGCUUCAAGUCGGUGUACCUGAGACCAUCGACAAACUUCGACGUGCCAAUAUCAAGAUCUGGAUGCUGACGGGCGAUAAGCGUGAAACUGCCAUCAAUAUCGCGCAUUCGGCCCGGAUUUGUCGCCCUGGUUCUGACGUGUUCAUUCUUGAUUCCACAAAAGGGGAUAUAGAGGGCCAGAUCCGAGACAUUAUGGAAGAUCUGCAAACUGGGACAGUCCAUAGCGUUGUGGUGGUAGAUGGACAGACACUUGCCACUAUUGAGAAAUCGCUACCGGUCACCGACCUCUUUUACUCGCUCAUUCCGACGAUCGACUCGGUGAUAUGCUGUCGUGCAUCGCCGGCUCAAAAGUCGACGAUCGUGAAGGCCAUCCGGCAACAAGUGCCAAAAGCCUUGACACUAGCGAUUGGCGAUGGCGCGAACGACUUGGCCAUGAUUUCCGCUUCCCAUGUGGGUGUAGGGAUAUCCGGCAAGGAAGGCUUGCAGGCUGCUCGCGUUGCCGAUUAUUCUAUUGCCCAGUUCCGCUUUUUGCAGCGGCUCCUUCUCGUCCACGGACGGUGGAACUAUGUCAGGACUGGAAAGUUCAUCUUGGCGACGUUCUGGAAAGAGAUGUUCUUCUAUCUACCGACGGCCAUGUACCAAAUGUACAACGGCUACACGGGGACGAGUCUCUACGAGAGCUACAGUCUGACAGUCCUCAACAUCUUGUUCACGAGCUUGUGUGUGCUCUGUAUGGGCAUAUGGGAGCAGGACUUGCGCGCCGAGACCCUGCUUGCCGUCCCCGAGCUAUACGUUCACGGUCAGCGAAAUCGCGAGCUCAACUUUCCCAGGUUCGUGGCCUGGAUGACAGGGGCCGUAAUCGACGGCACACUGGUCUGGGUGCUCCUUUGGCUCGGGUAUAACGUGUUCGGUCACCCCCGUGACAAUGGUCUGUUUGCCUUUGGCGAUCUCGCAUUUUCCAUUGGCAUAUUGUGGACCAAUUACAAACUCUUCAUCAUGGAGACACACUACAAGUCGGCCAUCGUCAUGGGCUCGUUCGGUAUCACCGUGUCCGGCUGGUGGGCCUGGCAAGCCUUCCUCAACGGCGUGUAUCCCCUCCAGCCCAGCCCAUAUGCCGGCCGCGGCGCCUUCGUGAACACGUUCGGCAAGGACACGCUAUGGUGGGCUCUACUUUUCGGCAUACUGCUGAUCCUCAUUGCCUUGGACACGGCCUUUAAGCUUGCGAAACGCGGCCUGGUCAAGUAUGGUCUGUGGACCUGGCCACCUUGGAGGAAACAACAACAGACAAGAGAUGUGGAGGACGAUGAUCACGGUAUUGAAAAUUGUGAGAAUUGGGACCGCCAGCUCUGGCAAGAGCUAGAGCAAGAUCCGGCUGUUAGAGAACAGCUGCGACAGGCCCUGCUAGAUGAUGACGAACGGCAGCGGCCCAGAACGAUGGGAGAUGAGGAGGCCGUGGUGGUGAGGGUAGCGGAUUCAAGAGGAUAGAAGAGCUUGAUACUUUUUCAUUUCGAAGCAUACUUAACUAACCUAUAGACACAGGGGGGGCAUUCAUCAUGGCGUUUGGAGGGAUUGUAUACGCAAUUACGAGCAAGCGGUUUUUGUGCAUUGAGAGAAGGGGCAUCUAUCUGAUAGAUCUUUUUUUCAGCUUCUUUUCACCUACUUACCUACGCAGAUACCCUAUUAUCUUGGAUAUAGAAUAACUCCCUGCAUAUAAUGUUGGUCAUUGGACAUAGAAGGGUUGAUGGCUUUAGAGUUUGUAUAUAGGAUGAUAUAAUAUGAAUACGCCUUUAUCCCUUCUUUUCCCUUUUAUGUGUAUAUUUAUAUUGAUAUUGAAAUCAAAAGGGCGAAGUUCAUCUACUUACUGAUCGUGCUCGCUCUUCUGAUAUACUGAGAGUAAGUUCAAGUUAACAUAUCGUUGGUCUUAGUAAUGGAUGUGUAUAGAGACAACUUGGUCCCUUUCAAACACCUUGAUUGUGACGCGGCAGUUGCAACAAAACACACAUGUCUACAACAUACCACUACAUCCACUCCCACGAAUAUGAUUUACUACUAUUUACCAAAGCCGAAGUAGAUGCUACCUAGCCGGUCAUCAGGAUUGUAAGUUGCAAAGGUUUUUUUUUUUUUUUUUUUUUUUUUUUUUUUUUUUUUUUUUUUUUUUUUU